UUAAACCCAGCGCUGUUGUGAUGACACUCACAGGUGCGUCCAAUCACGAAGCUGUAUUUAUACGUCCGUGUUCCGCAAUGAAUAAUCGGUAGUGAUCGAUAAAUUCAUCCUCAGCACUUUUUUUAUUUGCUGAAACAAAGCAUCGUUUGUUCGGCAAUGGCUGACUCGGUAGCUUUUGUCUUCGGUCGUCAAUCAAGCUGUCCCUACUUAGUUGUGGUGGAGUCGUCCUUUGAGCGUGGCUGACUUUUGCUCCUGGUAGCGGUUGAGCUAUAUUUUAGAUUUGUGUCGACGGCCACGUUGUCCGGUGACCUUUUCAACUCCUUUGCUCCUUUGACCUCGCAGAUAGCCUCUCACGAAGAAUAGUGAAACAAGCAGUAUUAUCUGUGAACCGAGGUUGAGGGCCUUUUAUCUUGGUGGAGAUAUAUAAAGGUUUUGACCGAGGCUGCUGUCUCUCUUCCUGCUACUCAAAGCUUCGGUAACGGCCAAAAUGAUGCUGUCGGCUGUGACAACAGUGGGCUUGCUGGAAACUCGUGCUGCACUUGCAAGGAAUUUGAAAUCAACUUGCACAGCAUGUGCGCAGGUUUCCAAGACAACACAAGAAAUGCGGUUGACCUGGGGACGCCAGGCUUCGGCCCUAUAUUCAGUGUCGGCAACAUCGCGAGUUGCAGACAAAAAGCUGUUUACCCCAGGCCCACUACAGGUGUCAUUGACAGUAAAAGAGGCCAUGUUAAGAGAUCUGGGUUCAAGAGACACAGAGUUCGUCAAUACAGUCAAAUCUAUUCGUUCUCAUCUCCUCCAGAUUGCAGGUGUCACAGAAAAGACCUUCACAUGUGUACCAAUUCAAGGGAGUGGAACUUUUGCAGUCGAAGCUGUGCUUCAGACAAGUGUUCCUCGAAAAAGCAGCAAAGUUCUCAUUCUGCAAAAUGGAGCAUAUGGUAAGAGAAUGGGUAAAAUCUGUGAUGUAGCUUCCAUUCCAUAUCAUAUGGAAGACUUUCCAGAAAAUUCUAUUGUGGAACCAAGUCGAGUGUCUGAAAUUCUGAAAGAAAAUAGCAGCUUCACUCAUGUCAGCAUCGUCCAUUGUGAGACGAGUUCUGGGGUCUUCAACCCUGUAGAAGAAGUGGGAAAAAUUGUUAAGACUCUUGCACCAGGCACUGUCUACUUUGUAGAUGCUAUGAGCAGUUUUGGUGCAGUUCCACUAGAUGUAGAGGCCAGUCAAAUAGAUUUUCUUGUCAGUUCUGCAAAUAAAUGUCUGCAAGGUGUACCUGGAUUCUCCUAUGCCAUAGCACGCAAAAGUGCCCUGGAGAAAUGCAAAGGCAAUGCUAGAAGCUAUACUCUUGAUUUAUAUGACCAGAAUGAAGGACUUGAUAAAUCUGGUCAGUUCCGAUUCACUCCAGCUACCCAUGCUAUGCUUGCCUUCCAGCAAGCCCUGAGUGAAUUUGAGGAAGAGGGAGGUGUGGCUGGGCGUGCCAGAAGAUACAAAGAGAACCAAAGAAUUAUUGCAGAAGGUAUGAGACGUUUGGGGUUCAAAGAAUUGCUGGAGCCAUCAGUGCAGGGAUACAUAAUUACUUCUUAUUAUUAUCCCUCUGAUCCAAACUUCAACUUUACAGAGUUCUACAAUAGACUGAAUGAUAAAGAUCAGGUCAUCUAUCCAGGAAAAACACUUGAUACAGACUGUUUUCGCAUUGGUAACAUUGGCCACCUCUUUCCAGAAGACAUGCGAAGAUUGAUUCAAUGUAUAGAAGAAGUGUGUCAUGAUAUGAAGAUGAGAAUUCCUGUCAGAAAUUGAGUCUUAUUUUCAUCACAGACACAAAUCCUGUUUUCAUAUAGGAUUAAACCUGUAAGGCUUUUCUUGAAUUUGUUUUUUUUUCAAACGUUGAAUUUUUUUCUAUUUUGCAAUAUGACUGCCACCACCAUAAGUUCCUCACAUUGGGUCAGAAUCCGGUAUUUUCUACAAUGAAAUUAGGAAUGAGAAAUGUUGGAUGUGAUGAGUCACUUUUUGAAUGAGCAGAUAAUGUGUGUGUAACAAUAAAGUGGGUUUUCUUUUGUUGUUUUUUGCAUUGAGGGAACAGUCAUAAGGGUAAAAUAUAUUACUCACUUUUGUCUUUAUUAUUGUAUCAUUGCACAUAAGGCUAAAUAUAAUUUCUAUAAUUCACAUUUGAGUUACAGAAAAUGUUUUUCUUAUUUAUAACAAUUGCUAAAGCAAUUGAUGAUUUACUUAUUUGCAUGUCCAUCUGAAUAUUUGAUCUAUGCAGCCUAUGUUAAUAUAUAAUGGAAUAAUAUAUGUAAUUCUGGACCAUUAUGUACACCUUGAUGUCUUUCAGACCAACCAUUCUAUUGCUUUCCUGACAAUGAUGAUGAUGCACUUUUAAAUAGCUCUAUUCCCACUAAGGUGUAGUGGGUUUUACAGUCAUGAUACAUACCUUUUCCCAGAAAAUGCGCAAAGGCAAUCACAAAGCGAUACAAGCAUACAUAAAAUUAAAUGCAUACGUAUAAUCCCUGUCUCUCUGAUUCAAACAAAUAUAACCUUACAGCAAGAACGUAUAAAUUUAUAUGUAGAACAAGCAAAUGGAGAAUUAUUUAAGGAAAAGCCAGACAGAAAUAUGUUUUCAGCGGAGAUUUGAACUGGCAAGUCUGUGUCCAUUUCUCAGCUCAGUGGACAGCAAGUUCCACUUGCCUGGGGUAGAAGUGAAGGAAAAGUGUCCCAAAGAUCUGAGGUUAGACUUUGAUAAGUUAUAUUAUUUCUGUCAUCUUACCAACAUUCUUUGUAUUUUUUAGGAUUUCUUGUCGCUUUAAUUUAUAUUGCACAGAAGUCUUCAUAACUGUAUAAUUACAAAAGCUUUUGCAAUUAAAGACGAUGUACUAUACCAAAGUACAUGCAUAAACUUUGAA